UUUUAUUCAAAAAUGGCUACAUGGGAUGAAUAUCUUCAAAAUCAAAUAAAUAAUGAUGGGAUUCAAAUGACUUGGAAUGUUUUGCCUCAUUCAAGAGUUGAUUCUCAAAAAUUGAUUGUUCCUGUUGCUACAUUUUUUACUCCGUUAAAGGAAAAAGCUGCAGACCAACCUAAACAACCGGUAAUGGAAUAUGAUCCAAUUUUAUGUCAAAAACAGUCAUGUAAAGCUGUCCUCAAUCCGCUAUGUAUGAUCGAUUACCGCACAAAAAUGUGGAUGUGUCCAUUUUGCAAUCAAAGGAAUCCCUUUCCUCCACAUUAUGCAACUAUUUCUGAGGAAAAUAAACCACCAGAAUUGCAUCCAUUUUUUACUACAGUCGAAUACACACUUAGGAAGGCCACAACACUUGCACCUAUUUUUCUUUUUGUUGUCGAUACCUGCUUGCCAGCUGAAGAAUUGAAGGCUCUAAAAGAUGCACUUCAAAAAGCGAUUGCUUAUUUGCCUGCAGAUGCUUUAAUUGGGCUGAUAACAUUUGGAAGAGUAGUGGAAAUUCAUGAGCUUAAUGUGAAAGGAAUUGCGCGUUCUUAUGUUUUCAAGGGCACAAAAGAAGCGAAUCCAAAACAAGUUCGGGACAUUAUAGCAAUGCAAAUUGGCCAACCUUCUACUGGUUCUCGCAUUUCUGCAACCUCUACACCAAUUCCUAACCAACAGCUAGUUAACGGGAUACAGCCAGCAAUGCACCAUAAUAUGCCUCCGGGUGCAAUGCCGCAAAUUCCUGGAGCUAUUCCACCUGCCGGUAUGCAAAGACCACGUAUGGGUUCUCAUCCAACUCAACCUCCAAUGCCUGGACAAAUGCCAACCACUAUGCCUUUGCCUCAAGGUUCUAUUCCUCAGGCUGGAGGAACAAUUGCAGCACAGAAUUUGCAAAACAAAUUUCUACAGCCAAUUUCGGAAUGUGAAGUCUCUAUUGGUGAACUCAUAGACAAAAUCCAGACGGACCGUUGGCCUGUCCCUCAAGGGAAUCGUCCAUUACGCGCAAUUGGUGCUGCACUUUCAGUUGCGAUUACUUUAUUAGAAGUAAGCUUUCCAAACACUGGUGGCCGUAUAAUGACGUUUAUUGGCGGGCCUUGUACUCAUGGUCCGGGAAUGGUUGUUAAUGAGGAACUGAAAGAUCCUAUCCGUUCUUGGCACGAUAUUAAAGAGGAUAACAUUCCGUUUAUGAGAAAAGCCUUUAAAUUUAACGAUGCAUUAGCUGAGAGGGCUGUCAAAAAUGGACAUGCUAUAGAUUUGUUUUCUUGUGCGCUUGACCAAACUGGACUUUAUGAAAUGAAAGCGUUGUAUAGUCAAACUAAUGGCAUUGUUGUGAUGGCAGAUUCUUUUGAUUCUUCCCUUUUUAACCAAUCGUUCCAAAAAGUUUUUGAAAAGGAUGGGAAUGGUUCUCUAAAAAUGGCAUUUAAUGCUUCUCUAGAGAUAAAACUUGGAAAUGGACUUAAAGUUGAAGGAGUACUUGGUUCCUGUUGUUCAGCCAACGCCAAAAAUUCAACGGUUUCUGACACUGAGGUGGGAAUUGGGGGUACUACACAAUGGAAAAUGUGUUCUUUAACGCCGAGAAGUACUUUUGGAUUUGUUUUUGAGAUUGCUGGACAGCAUGGCACAGCAAUCCCUCAAGGUGCUCGUGCAAUGUUUCAAUUCAUUACUCAAUAUCAACAUGCUGAUGGACGACGACGUAUUCGUGUUACAACAACUUGCCGUUCUUGGUCGGAUAUGGAAGCAAAUAAACAGUCAAUAAGUUAUAGUUUUGAUCAAGAAGCUGCUGCUGUUUUAAUGGGAAGACUUGCAUCUUGGAGAGCUGCAAAUGAAAAUGAUUCUCCAGAUGCUUUGCGUUGGUUAGAUAGAAGCUUGAUACGUUUGGUCCAAAAAUUUGGUGAUUACCACAAAGAUGAUCCAGCUUCUUUACGUCUUUCAGACAAAUUUUCUCUUUUUCCACAAUUUAUGUUUCACUUGCGUCGCUCUCAAUUCUUACAAGUUUUUAAUAAUUCUCCGGAUGAAACUGUUUAUUAUAGGCACAUUCUCUUUGAAGAGAACGUUUUUGAAAGCACAACAAUGAUUCAACCACAACUUUUCUCUUAUUCAUUUAAUGGACCACCAGAAGCCGUUUUACUUGAUACUUCAAGUAUACAACCUGAUAGAAUUCUUCUAAUGGAUGAUUUCUUUCAUGUUUUAAUUUAUCAUGGACAAACUAUAGCUGCUUGGAGAAAGGCAAAUUAUCAAAAUGAUCCACAAUAUGCUUCAUUUAAACAAUUAUUAGAGGCGCCUGUUCAAGAUGCUUCUAGUAUUUUACAGGAUCGUUUUCCUGUGCCGCGUUACAUUGUAACGGAAUAUGAGGGUUCCCAGGCACGAUUCCUUCUCUCCAAAGUUAAUCCAUCACUGACGCAUAAUAAUCCUUACUCACAGGAGGGCGGUGCUCCAGUCUUUACAGACGAUGUUUCAAUGCAAGUAUUUAUGGAACAUUUGCGGAAAUUGUCUGUUUCAACUUCUGGUUAA